AUGAAACUCGUCAUCGGUGGCUCAACCGGCUUUGUGGGGACGGAGCUCGUCCGCCAGGCUCUCCUGAACAAGGACGUGGACUCGGUCGUCGGACUGAGUCGCCGCGAGACCCCAGCGCCGGUGGACCUGGACAAGGGUCGACUCAAGUCGGUCGUCUGUGAUGAUUUUACAACAUACCCGGAUGCCGUCAAGGAGGAAUUGAGGGAUGUUGACGCGUGUAUUUGGACCAUUGCCGUGACGCCCUCGAAACUCCAGACGGUGCCCCACGACGAAGCCAUUCGCAUCUCGUGCGACUAUGCAAUCACGGCUUUGCAGACGCUGGCGUCGCUCCGGCAAAGCAGUGGUGGUGAGGGAAAUGGCAAGCCGUUGCGCUUUAUCCUCAUGACGGGCCAUUUUACGCCUCGGACCCCGGCCGAGGUGCACCCGCUCUUGAAGGAGCGUGGUAUGAGCGAGUAUGGCCUGGCGCGUGGCGCGUCCGAGGUCAAGACGCUCGCAUUUGCGCAGCAAUCGGGAGCCACCGUGGAGGCCGCAGUCGCCAAGCCGGGCAUGAUUGUGGCGCCCGGCGUGGAGCGUCGCAAUGUCCCCGGGAUACCAGAGGUGGCGCUGCGCGACGUGGCUGCCGCCUUGUUGGAUCAGGUCGUGAAUGGUCUGGAAAAGGAUACCCUGAGCAACGACGACCUGGUCAGGAUUGGGCAAAAGGUUUUGGCGGGGCCGUAA